AUGGAUGAAAUUGGCUGGAAAAGACGCGGAACCGACAAACCUGGGGAAAAACGCAGACCAUUUUUCCCGAGAAUCAAACACGCCAUCAAACUGAUUCCUAUUUUAUUCAGGUUCUUUCUCUACCGUUUUGGAGAAUGGCUUAAAGGGCGAGGCGUUUUUAUCGAUAUGCUUAAUCAGAUGUCACAUGACCCCUAUACCGGGAUGCCAUUGGGUGGAAUCGGUUCAGGAACGCUUGGUACAGAUUAUCGAAUGGCAUUCAAUUCAUUUUCAAUUCUACCGGGCAUUAAAGAAAAGGGUUGCCCCAAUAUUAAAGCCGACCAGUUUAUCCUCUCGGUUCGCCGACCAUCCGAUGGGAAAUUGUUAUAUGAAAAAUGUCUAACUACAGCAACUUUCCGUUCUAAGCACCUUUCUGCUUGGGAUCUAUCUUUUCCGAAAGAACAUUUCAAAUACCGUAGUCUUUAUCCGCGAUCAUGGACGGAAUACCUGAUACCGGAGCUCGGCCUGAAAUUGGUGUGCGAGACUUUCUCCCCAAUAAUACCCCAUGAUUAUAAGGAUCCAUCUUUACCGGUGGCUUGUUUCGAUUGGUCUAUACAAAACGACAGCACAAUCGAUUAUGACAUAUCCAUCGCUUUCACCUUCCGAAAUGGAACCGGAAACUCAAAAUGGCAAGCCGAAGGCCCUUGCAGAGGACAUCUGGUGCGCGAAGGGAGUCUUUACGGUGUGGAAGUCGGCCAUACGAUACGCACGCUUCCAACCGUCUUCGGAAUCUAUGCUACGGCCGAUGAUAAAACAACCGUUUCGACCGAUUUCUUUGACCCAACCGGUGAUGGUCAACAGCUUUGGGAUCAAAUUGGGGCUGGCGGCCUUGAGAAUAGGCCAGCUCAAGCCCAUAAAACUCGGAAACAGCUUGGCAUCGCGUGCUGUCAAACAUUCACUUCCCACCAUGGAACAUCAUCUCAAAAACGGUUCACCCUAGUGUGGAACAUGCCUAGAAUUUCGUUUGCUGGCGUGCGAAAAUUCAGCAGGAGAUAUACGCGUUGGUUUGGCACGGAUUUGGAUGAUACAUGGAAGAUUGUAGAAUAUGCACUGCAGAAAGCCGACGACUGGAAACAGCGGAUUACAGCGUGGCAGAGCCCGAUCUUGGAACAUAAAAUCCUACCGGAUUGGUUCAAAUCGUGUUUAUUGAAUGAGCUCUAUUACAUCAGUGACGGUUCUACAAUUUGGGUGGAAUUCGACGAGCAGUGGCUAAAUGACGAACCGGGUCUCAGCCCGCUCACUGUUCAACAAUACCGCCAAUAUGGGCGAUUCGGAUAUGCUGAAUCAUGGGAAUAUUUGAUGGUGAACACCUACGACGUGCAUUUCUACGGAAGUUGGGCCUUAUACGAAUUGUGGCCGCAUCUCGAGCUCGGAAUGCAAUUCGAGUUUUCUGACCAAUUUCGACGAAUCGACACGCACACAGCCACUUCGCUACAGGCCGGUGCAGAAAUGGCUAGGAAGCGAAAAGGGCGACUUCCACAUGAUGUUGGCAACCCAAAUGGAGAACCCUGGCUGGAGGUGAAUGCCUAUUCCCUACACGAUACUAGCGGCUGGAAAGACCUCAACCUCAAAUACGUCAUCCUUUCCUAUCGUGAUUAUCGCGGAAUCGUCUUCAAAAAUAAUGGAGAAACGGAAGCAAAGAAGAUACUUGCUUUCUUCUUUGAGCGAAGCAGGGAGAUUAUCGAUUUAGGGCUUGUGGAAUGGGAUAUAGACGGUGAUGGGAUGAUCGAAAACAAUGGUACGCCGGAUCAAACUUAUGAUAUCUGGUCGAUGAAGGGGACAAGCGCGUACUGUGGCAGCCUUUGGAUAGUUGCCGUUGAAUGUGUCCGGAGGAUGGCCAUCGAACUGGAGGAUCGAGACGCUGAGAUGCGCUACAAGAAGAUACUGGACAGGGCGUCCGACGCCUUCAUGACAAAAUUGUGGACAGGCAGUUACUUUGCCUUCGAUGAAACCCCGCAGAACCGCUCUCUAAUCAUGGCCGACCAGCUAUGCGGCUUUUGGUUUCUUUCAUUGAUCGACCAAAAGGCGUGCGGCUCGCUACUGGGUGAACUUGGCCCGGGGGCCCUACAAAAGUCGAUGGCGACGAUCUACGAAAAGAAUUUAAUGGGUGUGUAUGGAGGAUCAUUAGGACCUGUCAAUGGUAUCAGGACGAACGGCCGCAUCGACACAAGCAGCAUUCAAAGCGAAGAAAUUUGGACUGGUACCGCUUACAGCUUGGCGACUUUGCAUUUCCUUUGUGGUCAAUUGACGGAAGGCCUAGAAUUGUGUGAAGGCAUGCACCAAAACAUAUGGAACACCUUUGGGAUGCAAUACCAGACCCCAGAAGCGAUUUUCCCCGCCAACUACUACAGGGCUAUCGGCUAUUUACGACCUCUGUCUGUUUGGUCAACGUUAGCUGCAUUGCAGAUGAAAAUCUCC